ACAGCCGCUGAGCUGGGGUUUGCACCUGACAGACACCUUCCUGCUUGCGGAGCAGACCUCCUCCCCACCCAGAGCCCUCUCUCGGAAGCAAUCAUGCCUGUGACAAAGAGUGCCGGGGGUCCCCAGGGCACUGUUGACCUCAAACUGGACCUCAGGUCCCCUCCCAAAAGCGCCAAGAAGCUACAGAGCAAGGACUCCAGUUUCUGGGAUGGACAUCCUUCCGAGUCACCAGGCUUAAAGAAGACCAAGGGUAUAACAGCCUUCCAGACCUUGGUUCACCUGGUGAAAGGCAACAUGGGUACAGGGAUCCUGGGACUACCGCUGGCUGUGAAGAAUGCAGGCAUCCUGAUGGGUCCGCUCAGUUUGCUGGCCAUGGGCUUCACUGCCUGCCACUGCAUGCACAUCCUGGUCAGGUGUGCCCAGCACUUCUGCCACAGGCUUAACAAGCCCUUCAUGGACUAUGGUGACACGGUGAUGCACGGACUGGAAGCCAGCCCCAGCGCCUGGCUCCGGACCCAUGCCCACUGGGGAAGGAAUAUGGUGAGCUUCUUCCUUAUAGUCACCCAGCUGGGUUUCUGCUGUGUGUACAUUGUGUUUCUGGCUGAUAAUUUAAAACAGAUAGUGGAAGCCGUUAAUGGGACCACCAAUAGCUGCCAUUACAAUGAGACAGUGAUUCUGACUCCCACCAUGGACUCUCGACUCUACAUGCUCUCCUUCCUGCCCUUCCUGGUGCUGCUGGUCCUCAUCCGGAAUCUCAGGGUCUUGACCAUCUUCUCCAUGUUGGCCAACAUCAGCAUGCUGGUCAGCUUGAUCAUUAUCACCCAGUAUAUUGUCCAGGAAAUUCCAGACCCCAGCCAGUUGCCGCUGGUAGCAAGUUGGAAGACCUACCCUCUCUUUUUUGGAACAGCUAUUUUUUCAUUUGAAAGCAUUGGUGUGGUUCUGCCCCUGGAAAACAAGAUGAAGGAUGCCCGCCGCUUCCCAGCCAUCCUGUCUCUGGGAAUGUCCAUCGUCACUUCCCUGUACAUCGGCAUUGGCUCUCUGGGCUACCUGCGGUUUGGAGAUGACAUCAAGGCCAGCGUAACCCUUAACCUACCCAACUGCUGGCUGUACCAGUCGGUGAAGCUGCUGUAUAUCAUUGGGAUCCUGUGUACCUAUGCCUUGCAGUUCUACGUCCCUGCAGAAAUCAUCAUCCCCUUUGCCACCUCCCAAGUGGCAAAGCGCUGGGCACUGCCCCUGGACUUUUCUAUCCGCGUCGCCAUGGUCUGUCUGACAGGCACCUUGGCCAUCCUCAUUCCCCGCCUGGACCUGGUCAUCUCCCUGGUGGGGUCCGUGAGCAGCAGUGCGCUGGCCCUCAUCAUUCCGCCUCUCCUGGAGAUCAACACCUACUACUCGGAGGGCAUGAGCCCCCUCACCAUCGCCAAGGACGCCCUGAUCAGCAUCCUGGGCCUCAUGGGCUUUGUGGUGGGGACCUACCAGGCCCUGAACGAGCUGAUCCUUUCAGGACAACCCCUCCCCUUUUCCAACUCCACCAUUUUUAUUCAGUGAGAAUGGCACUCACUGCUCCUUACCCACCAGCACCUGACUUUUACUGACAUGGAUAUCUUUUGUAUGCUUUAUCUUUGUUUUGCCUCAUUAUUUUUUUUCUGGGCCAAGUCAUGGUGAAGCAAGCAAAGACUCGCCAGUUACAGGGUCUAGAUGGUAAUAUACAAAUUUGUUUUUAUUACUUUUCUUUUCAUCUCUAGCUUUCCCUUUAAGUUAAGAGUCUCCCAUGGAAGGCUCCUGAUUCAUCCAACUUGGCAAUUCACAAGGUGGAUUUUGUACCUUGAGUGGCGCUGUGCAAGAAGAGGCCACCAGGGGGAAACCAAGUGACAGCAACUGGCAGAAAGAGAUGCCCUGGCUGAGGCUGACCCUGAUCUGGUAGACAAAAGGUUUCUCCUUUCCAGAUCUAUUCAAAGAACAUAGACUAGGAGAAGUAACCUAUAAUCCAACAAGUUAUACACAACUCCUAUGACAAAAUAUAUAGGGAAAAAAGGUCCAAUGUGAACUGUUUAACUCUCAGAAAGGAGCCAUCAUAUUUAAGUCAAGGGCAAUAAACUUUCUAAAGCACUGGGUAAAGUUUUGGCCCAGUUUGAAGAUAUCAACAGUAGAUAGGAGGAGUAAAUGUGCCAGUGGGGUGGGGGGUGGGCGGGGAGCAGACAAUACCAUUGCAGUAUCUGACAUUAUUCACCGCUUAAUUCUUGCAACAAGCAUUCUACCUACUGUGUGCCAAGCACAGUUCAAGGUUCUUAGAGUAGAUUGUAAAAAUGGCCAUAAAUUCCUCCUGACAAUGUGAUUUUGCAGCUCCUCUUAUCAAGAGGUGAAAUCUUUGUCUCUACCCCUCAAAUCUGGUCUUGCCCUCAUGACUUAUUGGGGCCAAUGGGACGUCGGUUGCUUGUGCAUCCGGACUCACAUUUCUCGCUGAGCUGUGGAGCCACGACCAUCAGGUAAAGAAGACUGAGCUAGUCUACUGAGGGAUGAGAGGCCAUAUGGAGCAGAAGCGAAACAUCCCAGUUGAACCCAUCCUUCAGAUCAACCUGUCUGCCAAUGUCAAGACACACGAGGGAAGCCUCCUAGACUACCCCCAGCCCCAACCAGGCUGAUCCAGAUCAUAAGGCUUGUCCAGAUGAUCCACAGAAUUGUGAGAAAUAAUAAAUGUGGUUUUAAGC